AUUUAAACGUAAUGAUUGACGUAUAUACACGUAACAUUUUGUAUUGGCCUAAUAAUAAUUAUAAAAUUAUAAACCUAUUUUCCCUCCAUUAUGUGUGUUAAACUAUACGUUACGUUAAAUUUGUCGGCGUUACAAAUCUAGCGGAACAUAGUGUCCAAAGUUUGUUUUAUGAUUGGUUAUAUUGGAAACAGUUUUUUUACAAAUGUCUGUGUUAGGCCAUCAUCAGUCUCUUACAUUAACCCCUAAGAAGUUUUAUGGAAAAAACAAAAGUGGCAAAGUAUGUGAAAUUGGGGUUGAGAAUUUCAGAUCCAAAAAUAAUUGCAAAGAAUUGCAGUUUCAGAAAUGGCCACGUCAGUUGGAUCCAUCAGCAACAUGGAAGAUUUUCAAGAAACAGCAGGAAGCAUUAGUUUAUGUGCAAACAAAGAAGAAUGGUCUAAUGGCCUUUGUGUUUCAGGAUAAAUUUGGAUGCCGCCUGUUUCUGGUUGCCCAUCCAAGUGUGUUUUGGUUCUAUGACUCUAAAAGAAGUAGUGAAGAUAGGAGUUCGUAUGAAAUUAUCUUAGAGCAUGCAGUGUGUAAACUCUACUUUGAUUUGGAAUUUAGUAUUGAAUGUAAUUGUCAGCAUGAUGGGAACAGAAUGGUGGAAUCAUUCAUAAAAAUAGUAUCAUUUCAUAUGAAAAAGGAAUGGGAUAUAACUGUUAACAGACAUCAUGUGCUAGAUUUAGAUUCAAGUACGGAAAAAAAGUUCAGUAGACAUUUGAUAUUUAUGUUGCCAAAUGCUGUCUUUCAGGAUAACUAUAAUGUAGGAAAUUUUGUAAAGAACAUGUGCAGUGAACUUAGACUUUAUAUUAAUGAACACUCCAAGAAGGAGGUGGGUGCAGCUGAAGGUAAACAUUCCUAUGGAAAUGUUGACAGGUUGCAUGUCUGUGAAUUGCUUGUUCUGGACAGAAGAGGUACAUACAGGUUGUUUUGUGAUGAAGGUGUGUACACUAAAAACAGACAUUUUCGUUUGUACAUGUCUUCCAAACGGAAUAAGAAUGCACCACUAAUUGUUAGCAAAGAAAAUCAGUACAAGCCUACAAGCAUAUCUAGGCAGGAUAAAAGUGAAGACAUGCAAUUAUUUCUGGACUCACUUAUAACCUAUGUCCCAGUGGAUACAAAUGAUUUAAGAGUUCUUAAAUAUGGACAUUGUGUCAAGCAGGAAUUACAAUUGGUUUCUUGUCCUAAAGUACCUUUUGAGGGUUUUGUAUCCAGUUGCGAUGUGGAAUCACCAUACCCGGAGGUAGAUAAAUUUGUGAAUAAUUUAAUUCUUCCGGGACGGAUCUGGCGUUGGUUUUAUUUUAGCAGUGGUAAUCAUAUUGUCUAUGAUAUUAUAGGUUAUCGCUACUGUGGCAAUAUAGGUCGUCAGCAUCGUAGCAACAACAUCAAAUACGUAGUGAACCUUACAGACCAUAUCUAUUACCAAAAAUGUUAUGACCCAGACUGUGCAAAUUAUCGUUCUGCAGAAUGCACGUUGCCACCAGAAGUCACAUUUCUUCUUGAAGAUGACAGUUUUCUUAAAACUGCAGAAGAUGAUUCAAGCUUUUCAAUGACUCUGGGACAUUUUGGAAUAUUAGAAGAAGACUUCCUACAAUUAAUGGAUGCUGUGGAAUGUGUUGUGAACAGCUCUCAUAAUAUUUUGCAUCCAGAAGACAUUCCUUCAGUUCCAUCAGAGUUUCCUGAGUAUGGACUGUCAGAUCAUGAUGUGUCAUCAGCCCUGGAUAUUUUGGACAAUUCUAAGUGUUAAAAAUACGAGAUGUCUCAGCAGUAACCUCAAGAUAAUAUUGUGAUCCAUAUCUCU